UGAGAUGACACAAGAGCGUGCUAGGCACGGUUUCCUGGCUGAACCAACCAGGCUAAUACUUAUACAGAGCCAGGGCUGGCUGGCAUUCAGACUGGAUGGACCAGCAGGCAGGGCAACCUGAGCGGACCUGUCUCUUCCUCCUCCACCCUCCCAGCACGAUGCAGACAAGAGGCUGACAGCAAACCCAGCAUUCUGCAAAGAAACACAUUCUCUUCUCGACCCCCUCACAGGCAGCUGACCCCAGGUGCUGGGAAGAUGGAGCCACGCUUGCGGAUGUGGGGGCUCUUCAUAGUCCUCAUGGUACCAGGCUGCGUGACAGGGGUUUGUCUUCAGGACCCACCAAAUAUCAGAAAUGCCACGUUCAAGAUCCUCAGGUACGAGGUCGGCACCACGUUAAACUGUGACUGCGAGAAAGGCUUCCGCAGAACGAGCAGCAGGCGGCCCUACAUGCUCUGCACAGGGAACUCCAACCACUCUUUCUGGGAAAACAGAUGUCAGUGCGACCGGAUUUCCUCCCCAGUAAAACAAGUCACCCCCAGACCCGAAGAACAGAAGGAACAAACACCUACCGAAACGCAAGGCCAAAUGCAGCCCACAGACCAGGUUAAGCUGCCAGGUCACUGCGAGGAGCCUCCACCCUGGGAACAUGGAUCUUUGAAGAGAAUUUAUCAUUUUGUGGUGGGGCAGACGGUUCACUACCAGUGCGCCCAGGGAUUCAGGGACCCGCGGAGAGGCCUUGCCAAGAGCAUCUGUGAGAUGAUCAGAGGGAAGAUGAGGUGGACGCAGCCGCAGCUCAAGUGCAGAAGUGAAACAGAGAACAGUCAGUUCCCAGGUGAUGAAGAUCCUCCGCUCAGCACCGAGGCCCCUCCUGGGAGCGAAACUUCCCAUCCCUUAACAACCCAGAGGACAGAUUUUGAAGAACACACAGACAUGGCUGCCACCAUGACGUCGUUCAUACUUACAACUGAGUAUCAGAUCGCAGUGGCCGGCUGCGUUCUCCUGCUCAUCAGCAUCCUCCUCCUGAGCGGCCUCACCUGGCAGCGGAGAUGGAAGAAGAGUAGAGCAACCAUCUAGAAAACGAAGAGUGCUGAGAAGCCAAGAACAGCCCACCGAAGCCAUGGACCACAACCCAAAUCGAAGAUGCUGAACACUCAUCCAAGAGGCACCUCCUGCGGUGCCGGGAGUUUCGGAAAGCCCUGAAGCCACAUCACAGAACACCAGGCACCUGAAGCCCCAUCGGCGCCAGCUCUGUAGCAUCAGCGAGUGAGCCUGACCUGUGUCCAGGCAGCAAGUCCCAGGCUGCUGGAGGAACGGGCAAGAACCCUUGAAGUCUUGGUCUUAUUUCAUGUAUACGUGUUAAUUCAAGCACAGCCAGCGUGGAAGUCCCUCCACACCACACACAGUAUAAAGAAAAGUCACUUCAUGCUAAGGUUUUCCCACCUUCCCUGUUUAGAAAUCCCAAGGAGAGCCCUCGCACUAAUGUAAAUAGACAGGCACAGGCUCUGCCCCGCGUCACUGGACCACGUCCCUCGAUCUUUGUGGAUCCUUUCCCCGCCUCCGGGUAACUAGCUCGUCCUCCUGGUCACACCCUUUCAGGAAUGCCCUCUAAGAACUCGGACUGGGAACUAGGGAACCUUUUGUCCUUAGCUCAGGCCUCUAAACUAGCUGCCUUGCACUGAACCUUCAAUGUGGAGUUUCUGCAGAACAGAGGCCGUGGUGGGAUCAUCUCUGGGUGACACCCACCGAGCGCAGCCAAGGCCUUGGGACUGCAGACUUCAGCAUUUGAAAGGAUUUCACAGGCGUUAAUGUUGGGAGAAGGAUAAAUGAUGGGUGAUUCCUGUCGGAGAGCUUUGGCUGAACAUGACCGGGGGCCUCUUUAAGAACUAGUUUCUUGGGGAUGGCUAUAAAUGUUACUCUGCCUCUAACCUGCAAGAAUUUGACGUUUACAGACAGACACAAACGCGCACAUUGCCAAAGAAGUGCUGUAAAAACACUGAUGAGGGAGCAAUACAUUCAGUGUUUUAAGAAAGGAGAGAAAGAAGGAAGUAAGGAAAGCCACAGAGAUUAUCCUGACAGAAGGUAAUUAUGGAAGAGGUCACACCAGUGGUCCUCACACCAUUAGCCAAACGUUGAGCAAAUCAAAGUCACCUGAGGCCUUGAUAAAAUGCAGACAGCGCGGCCCAUCUCCAGGUUCUGAGUCAACAGGUCUGGGGUGGUGCCCGAGAAUUCACCUGCUGCUGGUGAUAGCUGGUCCUGGGACCACACUUUGAGAACCGCUGGGUUUAUACCUCCCCAGGCCCACCCGCCCUCCUCUCCUACUGGAAAACUCAGCGUCAGGUGCUGAGAUGUCAGUGAAGGUUCUUGUUCAGACUCUUGUGUAAGAUCUUAGUUCUCCAAUCAGUUGACUCAGAUGUCCUGGUUGAAUAAAAUCACCUGAUAAUGAGAUUAAGGAAAAUUUUUAACUAGCAGCCAGUUUUCAUUUCUGAAAGGGCAGGAAAGCAGGAAAGCGUAACUUAAAAAAAAAAAAAGGGCAAAUGUCAGCAGGUCCAUAUUCCAGAUUAAAGAACUCUUUUCUGUCCUUUCUGUGACCUUGAACCAAGUACAAUCAGAUUCCACUGCCAGCAUUCCCCCGAGUAUAUAUGUUUUCUGGGCAAACUAACAUUGAGAGAAAUCUCAGAUUAGAAAAAAAAAAUUAAUCUUAUCUAUCUUACUUGAGUAAAGCUGAAUUAUCAUUACUCAUUUUGGGGAAGGGGGUGGUCUAUGGGAGCCAAAUUUUUUUCAUAAUACAGUUGAGCCUUGGAAAACACAGGUUUGAACUGCGAGGGUUCACCUAUAUGUGGAUUUUUUUUUCAAUAGUCAAUCCUCUAGUACUACACGAUCCAUGGUUGGUUGAAUCCACAGAGGCAGAACUGCAGAUACAGAGGAACCAUAGAUACGUAGACACUGGGGAUACAGAGGGCCGAUUAUAACUUACACGUGGACUUUUUACUGCAGGGAGGGGCGGUGCCCUAACCCCCCAUUGUAAUCACAAUGCUAUUUACUUUUUUUCAUGAUCCUUCUCUUACCAGUGUACGGGGUGGGGAGCGGUGCCAGAAGCUACAUAUGUGAUGCUGUCAUCACUCUGGUGUUAACAUAUAAUGAGUUUGUUACUGUUGUUUAUAAAAUAAUUAAUACAUA